UGAAACAGUUGGAACAUAGUCAAAAGACUGUUUUGUCUCUCUCCCUUUCUUCUCUUCUGUCAAUGUUGUCGAGAUGACGCAGUACAUGCCAUUGUUCAGAUCAUGCUCGAGUUUACGAACACUAACCCAGCUCCACGCCCACCUCCUCGUCGCCGGCCGUCUCCGUCACGACCCUCUUCCCGUAACAAAGCUCAUCGAAUCCUACACUCACAUGGGCUCUCCCGACUCGUCGAGGCUCGUCUUCGAGUCCUUCCCUCACCCCGACUCCUUCAUGUACGGCGUCCUCAUCAAAUGCCACGUCUGGUGCCACCUGUUCGACGCAGCCAUCGAUCUUUACCACAGGCUGGUCUCGGAGAAGAAUACGCAGGUCAGCAAGUUCGUAUUCCCCUCUGUUCUGAGGGCUUGCGCUGGUGGUGGUGGUGGUGGUGUUGGUGAGAAAGUCCACGGAAGGAUUGUCAAGAGCGGUGUGGACGGUGACGAUGUGAUAGAGACGUCUCUGUUGUGUAUGUAUGGUCAGACUGGGAAGUUGAGUGAUGCGGUGAAGGUGUUCGAUGAAAUGUCUGUGAGGGAUGUUGUGGCGUGGAGCACUCUUGUUUCCAGCUUUUUGGAGAAUGGUGAGGUGGUGGAGGCGUUGAGGGUGUUUAAGUUUAUGGUUGAUGGUUGUGUGGAGCCGGAUGGUGUGACGAUGAUUAGCGUGGUGGAAGCGUGUGGUGAGGUUGGAUGCUUGAGGAUUGGUAAAUCAGUUCAUGGAUGGUUAACUAGGAAGAUGUUUGGUUUUGAUGAUGAGACGUUAUGCAACUCUCUGGUGAAGAUGUAUAGUAAGUGUGGGGUUCUUAGCGCGGAGAGAGUCUUUGAGAGGAUCGUUGAUAAGAACAGCGCUGUUUCUUGGACUGCUGUUAUCUCUAGUUACAACCGCGGCGGGUUCUACGACAAGGCGUUGAGGAGUUUCCGCGAGAUGUUGGAGUAUGGUGUUGAGCCGAGUUUGGUUACGGUUUAUAGCGUUUUGAGCUCUUGUGGAUUGUUGAAGUUAGUUAGAGAAGGAAAGUCUGUCCAUGGUUUUGCAGUCAGACGAGAGCUAGAUCCGAGCUACGAGUCUCUUUCUCCCGCCUUGGUCGAGCUGUACGCUGAGUGCGGGAGGUUUAGCGACUCCGAGGCGGUUUUACGUGAGGUUGGUGAUGGGAAUAUCGUGUCGUGGAACUCUCUUAUAUCUCUAUACGCAAACAAAGGUAUGGUGAUGGAGGCGUUGCGCUUGUUCAGACAGAUGGUGACACGGCGGAUGAGACCUGACUCGUUCACUUUAGCAAGCUCGAUCUCAUCAUGCGUGAGUGUCCGGCUAGGGAAACAGAUUCACGGACAUGUUGUAAGGACGGAUGUUUCUGACGAGUUUGUGCAGAACUCGUUGAUAGACAUGUACUCUAAAAACGGACUUGUGGAUUCAGCGUUUGCGGUGUUUGGUCAAAUCGAAGAUAGGAGCGUUGUGACGUGGAACUCAAUGCUCUGCGGGUUUUCUCAGAACGGUAACUCCUUGGAAGCGAUUAACCUCUUCGACUAUAUGUAUAGUAACUGUCUCGAGAUGAAUGAAGUUACGUUUUUGGCGGUUAUCCAAGCUUGUUCAAGCAUAGGUUCGCUGGAGAAAGGGAGAUGGGUUCACCACAAGCUUAUUCUCUGUGGUUUGAAGGAUCUUUUCACCGAGACUGCUCUCGUUGACAUGUAUGCCAAAUGCGGAGAUCUCAACGCAGCUGAAACCGUUUUCAAGGCCAUGUCGAAUAGGAGCGUUGUGUCGUGGAGUAGUAUGAUCAACGCCUACGGUAUGCACGGACGUAUCGGUUCGGCUAUAUCUACGUUCAGUCAGAUGGUGGAGUCAGGAACUGAACCUAACGAAGUUGUUUUCAUGAACGUUCUCUCUGCUUGUGGUCACUCUGGUUCAGUGAAAGAAGGCAAACUCUACUUCGACUCGAUGAGAGGCUUCGGUGUCUCACCAAACUCGGAGCAUUUCGCCUGUUUCAUCGACCUUUUGAGCCGUUCCGGUGAUCUCAAAGAAGCAUACAGAACCAUCAAGGAGAUGCCCUUCCUAGCUGAUGCUAGCGUUUGGGGCUCUCUUGUCAACGGAUGCAGAAUCCAUCAGAGAAUGGAUAUCAUCAGAGCCAUAAAGAAAGAUCUUUCGGACAUUGUAACCGACGACACGGGGUAUCACACGCUCUUGUCCAAUAUAUAUGCUGAAGAAGGCGAAUGGGAAGAGUUCAGGAGAAUGAGAUCGGCUAUGAAGAGUUUGAGUCUCAAGAAAGUUCCUGGCUACAGCUCGGUCGAGAUUGAUCAGAAAGUUUACAGAUUUGGAGCUGGGGAAGAACCCUGUUUCGGAACAGAGGAGAUCUACAGGUUUCUUAGAAAUCUUCUUCAGCACGUAACUCUGGAAGCAGAUUAUUUACAGAUCAACAUGUCAUAAGAUUCUUAGCAACAUUGAUGAGUUAGAGAGACAGAGAAGCAGAUUUUGUAAUAACCAACCACUCUUAACAUAUAACACAAUCAUGUAAUUCUUUUUUUUUUCUGUAGCCCUUGUAAGAGAGGACAAGAUAUACAAAGGGCAACCAAUACCCACAAACAUGGGGAUGGUUGAGAAUAAUAAAACAUCUGUCUGUUUUCUUCAA